GCUUUUAGAUGGCGUUGGUCUCUUAAGCAGUUUUAUCUGAAAAAAUUCGUCUAAUUUCUCGAGUCUAUAAUCCGAAUUAUAAGUUUAAGUAUAAUUAGUUAUUGAGAAAAUAUUCACAAGCAGUAAUGGAGGGAGAACCAGAAAGAAAGCUUAAACCGUUUCCCAGAAAAAAACAUUAUCGACAGAGAGCACAUGUGAAUCCUCUAAAUCAUAACUAUUACGACACUCCAGAUACUCCAGAUGAUAUGGACUGGUCUAAGCUUUAUCCCGAAGUUCCUCCUUUAGAAGAAGUUCGAAAGAUGGAAAAUACAAGCUUAAUUAAAAAGGUAGAGAUAUUAGAUAUAGGUUGUGGAUUUGGUGGAUUAUUAGAGGUAUUAUCUCCCAUGUUUACUGAAUCUUUGAUUCUUGGACUCGAAAUACGCGCAAAAGUUUCGGAAUAUGUUAAACAGCGUAUUGAAGCACUAAGAUCCCAUCAUCCUGAUGAAUUUAAGAAUAUUGCAUGUAUACGUACAAAUGCUAUGAAACAUUUGCCAAAUUAUUUCAAACAAAAUCAACUUUCAAAAAUGUUCUUUUUAUAUCCGGAUCCACAUUUUAAAAAGUCAAAACAUAAAUGGCGAAUUAUAUCACCCGUUUUGUUAAAGCAUUAUUCUACUUUCUUAAGUAUCGGUGGACGCAUUUACUUAUGCACUGAUGUUCAUGAUCUCUUUGAAUGGAUGGUUAAGUCUUUCGACGGGGAUGAGUGCAAAGGGUUAUUUCGGAAAUUAUCAGAUGAUGAAAUGGUGGAGGAUAAACUUUACGAACAUCUUGGAACGGCCACUCAAGAAGGAAAGAAAGUAGGAAGAAAUACUGGAGAAUAUUGGAGAGCAAUUUUUGAAAAGAUUGAGGAUGCAGUUGCGAAUACUGAAAAGGUAGAGGAGAUCGAAGAUUUAGGUGAGGAAGAAGGCCAAGAAGAAGAAGAAGGGGAAGAAGAAGAGGAGAAAGAAACAGUGGCACAGGACAAAGAACCAGAAAUAAAAAAAGUAAAGGUUGAUGAUCAACAAGAAUAG